UACACACAAAAUCGAAGAUCUGAUAUGGCUGAACAAGCAAAACAUAGUUAUGCUCCAAUUUGGAUCUUUGCCUUGAUAAAUCUUGUCCAAGCUAUGCAAGGACUCAAAAUUGAUUAUGCUCCAAAGGUGACUGCAUUAGUUGGCGAGAACGUCACUUUAAAAUGCAUACUGUCAGAGGCAGAAACGCCUAAAGUUCUACAGAUCCAAUGGAGUAGUGAGACCAUUGAUCAUCCACUCAAUGACUCAUUGAUCAUAAUUGCCAAUAAGGAGUAUGGCAUUCAUCAGAUCUGGGAUUCAGUUAAAUUUGAGUCCCAAUCACCAACUGAAGGAAUGGCAAGUAUUUGUAUCACAAAUGUACAAGAGUCUGCCUCUGGGACGUACACAUGUUCAGUAGUCACCUUUCCAGAAGGAAGUUUCAAGGCAUCAAUCAUUCUCACCGUUAUCAAAAAAGAUUUAUCCACAGCAUCAGUAAAACUGAGCACGUUCGCUUCUCAACACACAAGUUGGCAAGAUUUAUCCAUGGCAUCAAUAAAACUGAGUAUGUUCACCUCUCAACACACAACGUGGCAAGGCACUGAAUCUUAUUCAAGCACUGAAUUGACUACAAGCCCCAAAUUACCAUUUGUUACUGAUUCAUCAACUACACCAGCAGCCGCUUCUAGCACCAGCUCAUUCACCAGUGCUGGAUUGUCUACCAUCUUUCAAGAAUCUCAGUCUUCGUAUACUGUUGUACCAUCCAUCAAUAUUGAAAUUUCAAACAGUCCUGGACCAUCAUUUACAAAUGAGCUAUCAACCACAGAAGGACUGAUGAGCACUCUUCAGCCAUUAAUUAAUUUGGGGUCAUCUACAGGAUUUGUGAAAAGUUCAGAAGUACCAAUUGAUGAAACUAGUUUGUACACAACAAUGAGCUGGAACAGAACAAUUGCUACAGACAUCAUCAAAGAUGAUGCUGAAGAUUCUGUUUCACUGGCAGUGGUGGUAACUGUGAUCCUUAUCUUGGUGAUCUGUACUGCUUUGUUAUCUUGUCUUAUCAGACACUGGCAAGUCAGGAGGAAGCUAAAUGCACCACCACCAUUCAAACCACCUCCUCCACCAACAAAAUACACAGCAAUUCAAGUGUAAUCACAGAGUGAAGUCAACUGUUUGAGAGAAUAUUGUCAUAUGAGCAAAGAAUCAUCAUGUGGAUGUGGAUCAGAAGGAGACUAUUUAACCCUAGUGAGUUUGUGCAACACACACAAAAUGCCAGAGGAACUCAGCAGGCCAGGUUAGAGUUAAUAAUGUUGGUGGUUGUGUGGGAGACAAUGGCCUGGUGCUCCUUAGUGGAGUUCUGUUCAAGGGAUAAGUGUCUGACAGUUGUCGCUAGGCCUCAACAAGCUAGAGUCAGUCCACCAGACUACUAAAGCAGCCCCUUACCUAUAGGUUUGAUAGUGAGGUCAGGAUUAGUGCAGAGAGAGUGCAGAUCAGUGUGUUCAGAAGGAAGAAGGUUGGAAUUGGACAGAAGAGUGGUGAAGUCGAGACAGUUUAUGUCCCAUCAGCAGUUAGCAAUGAAAAGAUCCAGAGCAGGCACAAGACCAGGCAGAAGAAAAGGAUUGAAGAUGAGAGAAAGCCUGCUGAGUUCCUCCAGCAUUUUGUUUGUGUUGCUUGAGCUUACAGCAUCUGCAUAUUUUCCCUUGUUUGCUAUUGAGUUUAUGUUGUCUCAAUAUCCCCAGUAACAUUUACAGACACAGCCCUGCUCAUUAUCGUGCAUCAUAUCUAUGUGCUUCUUAUGUGUCCUUAUUGACGUUAUUUCCACCCUCAGCACAGGUGGUGAAUUCCUAAACUUUAAUAAUGGUUCUUUGAACCAUCCUUGGAUUAUGAUCUUGUACAUCUCUAGUGAGUUUCAUGGAAAUAUUCCAGCUUCUCAGAUCCAGCCUAACAAUUUAAAUCCUGCAAACAUUUUUGUGAAUUUCUGUCGCACCCUCCAUCGUUCCUUCACAUCCACGUUAAAGUAUGGCAAUCAGGAUUACAGGCAAUAGUCCAGUCAUGAUAAAGCCAAUAUUUUAAAAAAUGCAACAUGAUUUAAAAAUUAAAAUUGCCUCAGUCACUGGAGGACUGAAAGAUCUUCAGACUGAAAUAUUAAUUCUGCUUUCUUUCUCCACAUGCUGCCUAACCUGCUGAGUGAAUUCAGUAUCCUGCAACAUAAUUUCAUUUUUGAAACAUGCAUGCCAAAGAAUGUUCUUAGACUUAUUUAAUGUUAAGAGUUAUUCUCUUUUUGAUAAGAGUUAUUCUCUUAUGGAAGAGCAACCCCACAGGACUGCUGAAAAAUGACAUUGGAGAGGUAGUAAUGGGGAAACAUCAAAAUGGUGGCAAACUAAAUGAGUAUUUUGCAUCACUCUUCACUGUGGAAGACGCUACCAGUAUGCUGCCAAUUAGAGAAUCUUAGGGGGCAGAAGUGAGUGCAGUUGCUAUUACGAGGGAGAUGCUGCUUGAGGAAGCUGAAAGAUCUGAAGGAAGAUAAGUCUCCUGGGCCUGAUGGACUACACCCAGGGUUCUGAAAGAGGUAGCCAAAGAGAUUGUGGAAACAUUAGUAAUAAUCUUUUAAGAAUCACUAGAUUCUGAAAUAGUUUUGGAGGACAUGAAAAUUACAAAUGUUACUCUACUCUUCAAGCAGGGAGGGAGGCAGAAAAUGGUGGUAAAUCAGCUAUUGGAGUAGCACAAGACAAAGCGGCGAUGUCACUUAGGAACAUGGCUGAAGAUUUUUAAAAGCAGCCAUUCAUGACAGUUUUUGGAGCAGGUUUCACUACAAAGUGUGAAUAAAAAUAAGGCAGGGCAAGUGGAGCAGCAAUGUGAGUGGGCCAGUGUUGGAGUGGCUUUGGUGAGAUCAGGCUUGGGUGAGGUAAGUAUCUGGUGAUUUUCUUUUUCUUCUUCUUUAUUUUUCAUUCCUGGUCUGUUAGGGCACAAUUAGUGCAGUGAGGAUGGCUACAGGGCUGUGGUUUGUUCUGUGUGUGAAAUAUGAGAAUUCUGGGAGACCUCCAACCUCCUGGAUAACCACAUCUGCACCAGGUGCACCAACCUGCAUCUCCUCAGAGAAUGUGUUAAGGAACUGGAGCUGCAGCUCAAUGACAUUCAGCUCAUACAGGAGAUUGAGGAAGUAAUAGAAAGGAGCUAUAGGGAGGUGGUCACCCCUGGGUUGCAGGAGGAAGGUUGUCAGGAGAAGUAAGGGAAAUGUGCAGCCAGUGAGGAGUUCCCCUGUGGCAGUUCCCCUCAAUAAUGAGUAUCACUUUGAGUACUGUUGAGGGGGAUGACCAAUCAUGGGAGCUGCAGAGACCAGGUCUCUGGCACAGAGUCUGGUGUUGUGGCUCAGAGGAGAGGAGAGAUGAAGAGGGCUGCAGUAGUAAUAGGAAAUUCCACAAUUAAAGGAAUAGAUUCCUGUAGAUACAAUUGAGACACCUGAAUGGUAUGUUACCUCCCAGGUUCCAAGGUCAGGGAUGUGUCGGUUUGGGUUCACAGCAAUCUAAAGGGGGAGUGUGAGCAGCCUGAGGUUCUGGUACAUAUGGGCACCAAUGACAUGGGUAGGAUAGGUGAGAAGGUCCUGAAGAAAGAUUUUAGAGAGCUAGGUAGGAAGUUGAAUAGCAGGACCUCCAAGGUAGUAAUCUCUAGCUUGCUGCUUGCACCAGAUAAAUGGUUGGCUGAGGAAUUGGUGCAGGGGGCAGGGUUUCAGAUAUCUAGAACAUUGGGAUCUCUUCUGGGGAAAGUACAACCUGAACAAAAGGGACAAGUUACACCUGAACCCAAAGGGAACAAAUAUCCUUGCAGGCAGGUUGGCCAGAGUUGAUUGGGAGGGUUUAAAUUAAUUUGGCACGGGGAUGGGAAUGAGAGGACUGAGGAAGGAGGUCAUUGGGUUACAAACAGGCAGUGUGUAGUGAGUCUGCUAGCAAGGGGAGGCUGAUGAGAGGGCAAAUUUACAGUCAACAGGAUGAGUUCCAAUGUAAAAGGCAGACAAAAUCGAAAAGGGUAAUGAAUACAGGACUGAAGGUGUUAUAUUUGAAUGCACACAGUAUACAGAACAAUGUAGAUGAACUUGUAGACUUGUAGCACAGUUACAGAUUGACAUGAUUGACAUUGAGAGUAUCACUGAAUUGUGGCUGAAAGAAGAUUAUAGCUGGGUGCUUAACUUCCAAGGAUGCAUAUUGUAUUGAAAGGACAGGCAGGAAAGCAGAGGGAGUGGUGUGGCUCUGAUAGCAAAAAAUGAAAUCAAAUCAUUAGAAAGUUGUGACUUCAGAUUAGAAGGUAUAGAAUCAUUGUCGGUAGAGCUAAGAAAUUGCAAGGGUAAAAAGAUCCUGAUGUGAGUUAUAUACAGACUUCCAAACAGUAGCAAGGAUAUGGGCUAAAAUUUCAAUGAGAGAUAGAAAAUGCAUGCCAAAAGUUCAAUGUCAUAACAGUCAUGUGGGACUUAAAUUUAUAAGUAGAUUGGGAAAACCUGGUUGCUGCUGGAUCUCGAGAAGGGGAAUUUCUGGAAUGUCUAUGAAAUGGCUUUUUAGAGCAGCUCGUGGUAGAGCCCUCUAGGGAUCAGCUAUUCUGGGUUGGAUGUUGUGCAAUGAACUGGAUGUGAUAAGAACUUAAGGUAAAGGAACCCUUAGGAAGCAGUGAUCAUAAUUUGAUAGAAUUCACCCUGCAAUUUGAGGAGGAGAAGCUGAAGUCCGAUGUAUCUAUAUUACAGAGGAGUAAAGGGAAUUACAGAGGCAUAAGAGGGGAACUGCCAAAAGCCGAUUGUAAGGUUAUGCUAGUAGGGAUGACAGUACAGUAUCAAUGGCUGGAGUUUCUGGGAACAAUUCAGAAGGUGCAGGAUAGAUACAUCCCAAAGAAAAAGAAGGCCUCUAAAGGCAGGAUGAUGCAACCAUGUCUGACAAGAGAAUUCAAGCCAAAGAGAGAACAUAAAACAGAACAAAAAUCAGUGUGAAGUAGGAGGGUUGGGAGGCUUUUAAAAACCAACAGAACACAACAAAAAACAUCACACAAAAGGAAAAGAAUGGAAUAUGAAGGUAAGCGAGCCAAUAAUUUCAAAGAGGAUACCAAAAGUUUCUUCAGAUAUAUAAAAUCUAAAAGAGAGGUGACAGUAAAUAUUGAAGCAUUGGAAAAUGAUGCUGGAGAGGUAUUAAUGGGGGAAAAGUAAAUGGCAGAUUAACUAUAUUUUGCAUGUCUUCAUUGUGGAAGACACUAUCAAUAUGCCGGACGUUCGAGAGUGUCGGAGGCAGAAGUGAGUGAAAUUGCCAUUACUACAGAAAUGGUGCUUGGGAAACUGAAUAGUCUGAAGAUAGACUAAUCACCUGUAUCAGAUGGUCCACAUCCCAGUGUUCUGAAAGUGGUGGCUUAAGAGUUACAGAGGCAUUAAUAAUGAUCUUUCAGGAAUCAGUGGGUUCUAGCAUUGAGGACUGGAGGACUGCAAAUGUCACUCCACUCUUCAAGGAUGGAGAGAGGCAAAAGAAAGGAAAUUAGUGGCCAUUUUGUCUGUCCUCAGUGAUAGGAAAGAUGUUGGAGUCGAUUGCUAAAGAUGUAGUUUAGAGGUACAUGAUAAAAUAAGCCAAAGUCGUAUUCCUUAAGGGAAAAUCUUGCCUGACAAAGCUGUUGAAAUUAUUUGAAGAAAUGGCUAGCAAGAUAGAGAAAGGAGAAUUUGUGUAUGUUAUGUACUUGGAUUUGCAGAAGGUCUGCUUAACAAGUUAGAGCCCAGUGAAAGAUAUUAGCAUAGGUAGAGCAUUGGCUGAUUGACAGGAAGCAAUCUGUGGGAAUAAAUUGAAACUUCUCUGAUUGGCUGCCAGUGACCAGUGAUAUUCUGUAAGGGUCUGUGUUGGGACAACUUCCUUUUACCUUGUAUAGCAUUGAUUUGGUUUUAAAGGAAUUGAUGAUUUUGUGGUUAAGUUUACAGAUGAUACAGAGAUUGGUGGGGAAAGGUAGUGUUCGAGAAGCAGAAGGACUUGGACUGAUUAGGAGAAUCGGCAAAGAAUUGACAAUUGGUAUACAGUGUCAGGAAGUGUAUGGUCAUGCAUGUUGUUAAAAGGAAUAAAAGCACUGACUAUUUUCUAAAUGGAGAAACUUCCAAAAGCCAAGAUGCAAGGAGAUUUGGGAGUCCUCAUGCAGGAUUCCUAAAGGUUAACUUGCAGGUUGCAGGAAAACAAAAGUAAUUUUAGUGUUCAUUUCAAGAGGACUAGAAUAUUAAAGCAAGGAUGGAACACUGAGUGUUUAUAAGGCACUGGUGAGACUUCACUUGGGGUGUUGUGUGCAGUUUUAGCUCCUUAUUUAAGAAAGUAUGUGCUGACAAUGGAGAGGGUUCAGAAGAGGUUUGCAAGAAUGAUUCUGAGAAAGAAAGGUUUAUCAUAUGAGGAAUGAUUGAUGCUCUGGGUCUUUAUUCGUUGGAAUUUAGAAGAAUGGGGGGGGAGAUCUCAUUGAACCUAUUGAAAAUUAAAAGGUAAAAAUAGCGUGGAUGUGGAGAGGAUGUUUCCUAUAGUGGAUGAGUUUAGACUAGUGGGUGCAGCUUCAGAACUAGGGGAUGUCCAUUUAGAACAGAGACGAGGAGGUAUUUCUUCAGCCAAAGGGUGGUGAAUCUCUGAACUUCAUUGCAACAAGGAGCUGUGGAUGCCAAAUCAUUGGGUGUAUUCAAGUUGGAGGUUGAUUGGUUCUUAAUUAGUCAGGGUGGGAAAGGUUACAGGGAGAAGGUAGGAGAAUGGGUUUGAGAUAAAAUCAUGGAGCAGACUUAUUGGGCCGAAUGGCCUGAUUUUACUCCUAUGUCUUGUCGUCUUAUGGUCCAUUGUUGCAUUUUAUAUUUUCUAAUUCACUUCUUCUCCCAACUUACUAUAUUCAACCUGUUUCUCACUGACAUUCAUGACAAACAUUUUAUUUUUCUUUCAUUAUCUUUUCUCUCUCUUUUAUUCAUCCAGCAUGUUCACCUGCCUCAUUCUUGAUGAAAAACAUCUGUGUUUUAAACAUUAUUUAACUCUGCCCUGCAGAGUAUAACCCACCAAAGUUUGGUUCUACUUUAUGCUACACAUGUCACUUUUCAUCCUUUUUGAAUUGCACCUCUCUAGUUUUCCUCUACAGAUCUCCUUGCUUUCUGCAGGUUUAACUCAAAACAUUUUAAAAGUUUUAUGAAAAUAGCAAAUAUUUAUUGUUAUUAUUCUGCAAUUUAGAAAAAAUCUCACACUUUUGGUUUCUGUGUACGUUAUCACAUCACGUUUGUAUACGAUAAUAUUUUAGUUUAAUUAUUUUUGAGUUCAGUGAUAACAAUAUUACAACGGAUAUGUAG